AUGGCAAAUCUCAUCACAACAACUCCAAAUUCGUUGCCCCAGAAUUCCGAUCACACUACUAAUAUACCAAAAGAUGUUUCCAAAGAUGUAGAGAAGCAAGAUUCCAUUGGGUUGCAAGUACUCGAGAGUUCGCCAACAGAAGUCGUGGACAGCACGGAACCGGGCAUGGAAGAUAACUCUUACGUUCCAAAACUCUCGAUUUUCGCCUUGUUUUGGUUUUUCUUCUAUAACUUUGGAAUAUUCGCCUGGGGCGGUCCUGUUGCCCAAAUUGCACUACUAAAAGAACGUCUAGUACUACAGGACAAAUGGAUCACGGUUGAACGCUUCCAGAGAGUAUUUGCGGUCUACCAGAUCCUACCCGGUCCUGAAGCAGCGGAAUUAUGCAUGUUCUUUGGAUGCCUUUCUGCUGGUAGGAUUGGGGGUAUCGUGGCUGGUAUCGGGUUCAUUCUCCCUGGAUUUAUCUUGAUGCUGUUGGCGAGUUAUCUAUACUCGCUUGCCGGAUUUGAGAACGUUUACUUCAAUGCUUCGUUCAAGGCAUUGCAGCCUAUAGUUGCUGCAAUGAUACUCAAAGCUGUGCACAAAAUAGCAGACCACUCGGUCAUUAAGCAAAAAUCGAAGAAGGUCGACCCUUUCCUGGUCAUUGCGGCGCUUUGUACGGCAAUCAACAUUGCUCUACGCAUCAACAUUUUUAUCUCUCUCGGCUUCUAUGGCAUCUGGUAUUCGAUAGUUGCUCGUCGCUUCUGGAUUCUGUCGGGGAUUCUGUGGAUAUUGCAAUAUGUCGGAUUUGCGCUCUACGUUGUCUUCCGCGGGUUUCCCUCUCCACUGGCUCUUGCGCUCGGCAUUGCCCAGACUCCUUCCCUCAUCAACCUCUUCAUACUAGGCCUUGUAGCAGGUAGUCUUUCAUUCGGAGGAGCAUACACUGCUAUACCGUUCAUACAGGUCGAAGCCGUGUUGAAAGGAGGUUGGCUCCCUCAGAGUGUUUUUAUAGACUGCAUUGCAAUUGGUAACAUCCUUCCGGCGCCUUUGGUAAUAUUUGCCACUUUCGUUGGGUUUCAAGGUGGCUUGCAAGACGGUGGUCUAGGAGCAGCGUUUGCUGGUGCUAUCAUUAUCACGAUAGGGAUGUUCUUUCCCUGUUUUCUGUUUACAAUUCUCCUCGCAACCUUCUUCGAUGGCCUGUGCGGAUCGGUCGUUGGCGUUAUUGCUGUUAUUGCUGCGCAAAUUUUUGAGGCCAGCGUGCAUGGUGAGCCUCGAACACUUAACGAGGCAGCAAACUCUGGACUGGCAGCCGUCAUGUAUUUGCUCGCGUUGAUCGUGCUGUAUAAGUUCACCAACAAGUGGGCGCCAUUAGUGUUAUCCCCUGUGGAAUCCUGUGCCAUUUCAGAAGAUAUUGCGGCGGGAACAAAAGCAUUAGAAAUCCUCCUCACUUCAUCUACCCGUGUAUCUGUAGAGCGGCCCUCUGCUGCUGGGAGCUUCGAAAUGAGUGGCUGA